AUGGAAAAUACACGCAAGAUGUCCAAGAGCUCGCCCUGGCUUUGCGCACUCGCAGUGUUGUGUGUUUUACUGGCGGUGGACAGCAAGAGAGCCAGACAGCCUCGCUGCCCCUCGACAUGCACAUGUACCAAAGAUAACGCGUUGUGCGAAAGCGCAGGGCUGAUCCCUCGCAGCUUUCCUCCAGAUGUCAUAUCACUAUCGUUCGUCAAGUCUGAAUUCACUGAAAUCCCGAAGGAGAGCUUCAUCCACACGCCUGCCCUGCAUCUCCUCCUUUUCACAGCCAACAACCUGGAAUCUAUAAACGAGGAUGCUUUCCUUGGUCUUCCUCAACUGGAGUAUCUGUUCAUAGAAAACAACCAAAUCACUUCGAUUUCACCGCAUGCUUUCCGUGGACUGAAAACCCUGGUACAUCUGAGUCUGGCUUACAAUAAUCUGGAAACCCUUCCCAAAGACUUGUUCAAGGGUCUUGAGGCCUUGACGAAAGUAGACUUGAGAGGGAACCAGUUCACCUGUGACUGUAAGCUGAAGUGGUUGGUAGAGUGGAUAACCAGCACCAACGCUACAGUGGACCAGAUUUACUGUAAAGGCCCCGCCUCUCAGCUGGACAAGAAGAUCAACGACAUGGUGCCGCUGUCCUUCGACUGCAUCACCACAGAGUUCGCUUCCUACCAGUCCCUGAAGUUUGAAUCCAUAUCCGUGGAGGCAUUUUCCUUUGGGAAUGACCAGUAUGUGGUGUUCGCCCAGCCCUUCAUAGGGAAAUGCAGCUUUCUAGAGUGGGAUCAUGUGGAGAUGGUCUUCAGAAGCUUUGACGACAUUGACAGCACAUCCACAGUGAUUUGCAAACCUCUGGUCAUUGACAACCAGCUCUUUGUCAUUGUGGCCCAGUUGUUUGGUGGCUCACACAUCUACAAGCGGGACACCUCUGCCAACAAAUUCAUCAAACUCCAAGGCAUUGACAUCCUCAAAAUCCGCAAACCAAACGACGUCGAGACGUUCCGCAUCGAUGGAGAAUCCUUCUUCGUCAUAGCAGACAGCUCCAAGGCCGGCUCCACCACCAUCUACAAGUGGAACGGCAACGGCUUCUACUCUCACCAAUCGCUCCACCCGUGGUACCGGGACACCGACGUGGAGUACAUGGAGAUCUCCUCCAAGCCUCACCUGAUCCUGUCCAGCAGCUCCCAGAGGCCGGUCAUCUACCAGUGGAACAAAGGCACCAAGCUGUUUGACAGACGCACCGACAUCCCCGAGAUGGAGGACGUCUACGCUGUGAAGCAUUUUCAGGUCAAAUCCGACCUCUUCAUCUGCCUGACGCGAUUCAUCGGCGACUCCAAAGUGAUGCGCUGGGACGGGGCCCUCUUUAGAGAGCUGCAGACCAUGCCCUCCCGUGGUUCCAUGGUGUUCCAGCCCUUCUCCGUGGGCAGCUGGCAGUAUGCCAUCCUGGGCAGCGAUUACUCUUUCACCCAGGUGUACCGCUGGGAUGCAAAGAAGGGCGAGUUUGUCCAUUUCCAGGAGGUGAACAUCCAGGCACCGAGGGCCUUCUCUCCCGUCUCCAUAGACAACCGGCAGUUCCUGCUGGCCUCCAGUUUCAAAGGGAAAACUCAGAUUUAUGAGCACCUGGUCAUUGAUCUGAGCGACUGAGUGAUUGUCCUCUUGACUGGUUGACUAAUUGUUUGGUUAUUUGAGUGGUUACUGUGUUAAGAAAUGGAUGUUGCAGCAGAUCCAGACAACAGUGAGAGUGUCAGGUGAUCCUAACUUGAGCAAGGCAGGCAUUAGUCUUUUCUUUAAAAAAAAAAAACUUCCAUUGAAAUCAGCGCAUGAUACAAGACAAAAACAUGUAUCUCACCCAAAUACAUUUGGAUGAAAUGCAUAUUGAGUUCAAUGCAUGCACCUCAAGUUAGGAUUAGACCCAAUAUGUUGCAAAGACAUUAAUGCAUGAGCAGGGCCGCACACUGGCCUUUAAUUCCCGAUGAAUGCAACAUCCAUGCUCAUUAAUCCAUUAAAUCCUGCCUGUAGGUUUUUUUUGUGUUCAGCUUUUCACGUGACUCAGCAAUGUUUAUACAUUUGUAAUCUCAUAUAUUUAUCUACAGAAAGUAAUGACAAAAUGUUACUUUUUAAUCUAUUAACAUGUUUAACUGAACAAAUCUGCCAAAACGAAAUGUUUACAUUUUUCUGUCUUUCCACUUGUACGCUAAAAUAUUUGUAAAUGAAGCUUUUGUAAGUUUGAGAGGGACCACGCCACUUAGAUACAUAUUUGUUAAGGAGAAUGAUUUAAAAUUAUGUUUAUAAUUUGGAAAAUAUUAACAGAAAUGUUGUGUGAGAAUGUACCUGUAAAUCUUUGCAACUAACAUUUUUAUUGCUAAUGGUUUGUAUAAUGUUUAAAGUAUUGAAAAUUACUGUUUUUCAUAAGAAGUAUGGAAAACAUUUUGGGCACACAGGAACUAUUUUCACACACUUAAAGAAACUGAAAUGAAACACUGAGGACAUUGUUCAUAAUGCUAUCCCUUUGACUAACAUGUAUCAACUGUGUCAUGAUUAGAAUUAAGUUAUUGA